GUAUAUAUUUAAAACAAAAAUGAUUGACUGCAUGUACUUGAGGUUUUGUGUGUGUCGGUGGGUGCCUGGGCUUACACAGUUCUGUAACUUUUGAGUGAGAAGACAACCCAAGAAAAACAAUGGUUAAUUGAUCAGCAACGUGCUGUCCCUACAGCUGGUUGAAAUGCCCAGGAGGUUAUACCUCUGUUUUCAGACUUAAUGUUGAUACACAGUAACAAGACUUCAUGAUAACAUAGAUGUUAAUCAGCUUUUGCAAAUGCAAAUUUAACUGAGGAAAUCAGCUUUGACACAUGUUGGUACUUUGAUGUAAAAUAACUAAGCUCACGGUCAGGCUGCAGCUCUGCUGAGCAGACGGGGGUCAAGGAAGAAAAGUGGUCCUGGAGGCUUUAAAGUCACUUUGUCCAACAUGCUGCUAUAUGUAAUGCUAGUGUCAUUUUUUUUGAAGAAAAAAAAUGUUGGCAACAGAGAUGAGAAGUUGAAAGUUAGUCUGCAACUAACUGGGUUGCUGACAAACAUAGAUGGGUAUUAGAACAAAACAUGCACUGACAUGGCUUUAAAGUAGAAAUGAAUAAUGUCAGAUUGCAUCGAUGUAAGUCGUCUAAUCUUAUCUCCUAUUAGAUAAAUAAUUUCAAUGUAAAUAAAAAGUUUGUACACCACCCAGAUCUAGCUGUGUCUCUGAAAACCACCAGAACAUCUUGUACGCUCACAGACAUCAACUCAGACUUUUCUGGGAUAUGAACCACAUUUUCCAAGAUAUUUUCUCAAGGAGUCUUGAGUGACAUCUGGUGACUGUAAAAAAAUAAAAAUAUGAUUUAUGUCCCUUUCACUUUCAGCCACGCCAUCACUCCCAGCAUUACAACAUCUGCAUGUAUCAUAUUUCUUGUCAAACUUAUUUAGAGAAUUCCUUGAGUUUGGUGUCAUACAGUGUGUUUCAGCACUGCAGGUGUGUAUCAUGUAUCAUGAUUGUCUCUAUGUCACAGGUCACUGUGGAGCAGGAAGAAGUGAACCAGCCUGCGCUCCAGCUGCUUGAAUCUCUCUCUGAGCGGCUGAAGGAGGUGCUGAAUUGAAGCUGUAGGCACUGAGAGGUUCCAGUCUGAAAAAUGACCCAGUCGGUGCAAGUUAACCCAAAACUGCCUGAUUUAGGCUCUCCAUUCCUUUACUCCAAUCAGGAGCAGACUGAACAGCCGGGCUCUUACUCUGUCCAGACGCCAUAUGGCUUCCAGCUGGACCUUGACUUCCUUAAAUAUGUAGAAGAGAUUGAGAGUGGGCACAACCUCCGUCGGGCACCUGUCGGCUCCCGGCGACCUGGAAGGGGGCUUAAACUUUCCCAGAGGAGCACGAGUGUGGGAGGGCGCGCCAGUGGCUGGACAUCCACAGAAUCUCUAGCAUCUCCGGUCAGUGAAGAUGGUAGAGCUCCUCCACCACCACCGCCACGUGCCCGCCUUGGCUCCGCACCCUGUGAGGGACUCUCUCUUUCCCCCAUAACCCUCCUCAGUGUCCCCCCGCUGCCUGCUGGGGCCAAGGUGCCACCGCCUCCACCGCAACGCAACCCACGAGUGGAGCGGACUCUCCUGGAAACCAGCCGCCGGCUUCAGCAGGAACAAACUCACCAGCACCAGAAUGGUGGGCGCCUGCAACUCGCUGAUCCUCCCAAAAAGCUCACUCCUUCACCCAGCAUUCAGCCUCUGCAGGGUAGUUGGACUAAACCCAGUCCUCACACCUCCGGGGGCAGCACUCCAGCUACUGGCACCACAGUAACCCCAGUCCCACCCAGCCAGCUGCAGACAGUCAGGGAGCAGAUGGCUACAGCCUUGAAGCAGCUGAAGGAGAUGGAAGAGAGAGUAAAGGGUGUUCCUGCACUUGAGAAAGAGUUGGCCACGCUUCGAGCAGAGAAACACAUGCUUCUGUUGGCACAGGAGGAGAAGAAAGCGGCCAUGGAGGCUGCCCUACAGAAGCAACGGUCGACAGACUCUUCUACCCAAACCACAGAGGCCGUGCAACCUGAGCACAGUCAGCUGACCUCGCCAACCGUACCUGGACAUAAAGCUCUUGUGAGAUCUUCCGAGCUGAAAAGAUUGACAGAAAAGUUUGAGGGGAGGGAACAGAAAUGCCCCCAACUGUCACAUAAAGCGUUAGUAAACACUCCAGAAAAAGUGGUUGUCCAAAAGAAAUCGGUGGCGGCGGGGGAAGAUGUGCCAAUGACCUCGGCUGUUUUCUAUUACUGCCAAGGUGUAAAAGAUGUAUCGGUGGGCACUGAGGUGAACGUGUGUGAGAAGUGCACGGGAACAGAGGCUCCUGUGGUUCACGAGCAGGAGAUACAAGUCAGAGUAGAGACAGCAGAAGCUGACGUUUGGGUUAUGGAGUCGAUGCUUGGGCUCAGCACCGAUGCACAGCGGGAGAUAGAUACCUUACAGGACACCAUUAAAUUCCAGCAGGAGUCCAUCGUGGCCCUAGAAGACAGGUUGAGUGUAGCAAACAAAGACCUGGGGAUCCUUCAAGCCCAGAUAGAGGAAAGAAACUCGAAAGUCAUGUUUGAGAAGGGAGUACUUGCUAAACCAGACACGAAAGUCGCCCAGGUAGAAACAUUAGCUCCGGCAUUGAAGCAUGCUUCAGUUUUGUGUCGUCCAGAGGUGGCCGACGUAUGUGUGGGCGAAGCUUUUGCAGCAGAUCAGACUGAACAGGGCACCCAGAUAGAAGAAACAAACUCCAAAGUCAUGUUUGACAAGGGAGUACUUGCUAAACCAGACACGAAAGUCGCCCAGGUAGAAACAUUAGCUCCGGCAUUGAAGCAUGCUUCAGUUUUGUGUCGUCCAGAGGUGACCGACGUAUGUGUGGGCGAAGCUUUUGCAGCAGAUCAGACUGAACAGGACACCCAGACUGACGCUGAGCAGACAGCUCCAGUAGUAGCUCCCGCCGAGCUGGUCAGCAUCGGGUGCCAGUGGGAGAACUUGAGUGAUGAAAAGGGAGAGGAAGAGAACGUCACGGUGCCGAAAAAGAGGCAGGUGACUGUUGCUGAAUACAAGGUCUCGGCUGAUGAAGAGGUGGUCGGUGGGGCCGAGAAGAAAGAGGGACUUCAAGGAGAGGAAACUGUCGCUAUGAGCACCAAAACAGGUAUGCUGAAAUCAAUCAUGAAGAGGAAGGAUGGGAGUAACUCCAGUGAGAAUCGCACUGCUGGCAAGAAGAGCCUGCAGUUUGUUGGUAUCCUAAAUGGAGGAUAUGAAUCUACCUCGAGUGAGGAGGAGGAAGAGGAGGAGGAAGAGGAGGAAGAAGAAGAAGGAAGUUCUUCAGGAGAAAGUGGAGAAGGCGAGUGCUUGGAUAGCACAGAAGAAGAUGAGGCAGCGUUGGAGGAAGAAACGUCUGAAGAGGAGAGAAACAUAAACCUGGAUGAGAGCGACACUGAUGAGGAAUCACUGAGAGCUGCAAAUUAUUCAUCUGAUGCUGUGAAAGAAAAGUUUGAGUUUAGCUCAAAAAUGCGUGAAGCCUGUCUCAUUCUGAAGAAUCACCUGAACGAUGACGUCGAAACACUGAAGAGUAAGGAAGUGCUCUCCAGCACCCACACCGUUCAGCUUGAGUGGUUCAGAAUCUCCAGUGCAAAGAUGGCUGCGCCACCGCGGGUCUCUGACUACCUGAUGGCGUUCUCCGAGGUGUCGUCGAUGCUCCUGCAGCAUGUAGUCAACAUGACGGAUGGCAACGGCAACACAGCGCUUCACUACAGCGUCUCCCACUCUAACUUUAGGGUGGUCGGGCUGCUGCUGGACACAGGUUUGUGUUCUGUGGAUAAGCAGAACAAGGCGGGCUACACAGCCAUCAUGCUGGCUGCUCUGUCCACGGUGAAGGAGGAAGACGACAUGGCUGUGGUCAAGAAGCUCUUCAGUCAUGGAAACGUGGAUGCCAAGGCUAGCCAGGCAAGCCAGACGGCGUUGAUGUUAGCGGUGAGCCAUGGGCGGCAGGAGAUGGUCCGGGCCCUGCUGGAGUGCGGCUCUGACGUAAACGUUCAGGACGAUGAAGGGUCCACGGCUCUGAUGUGUGCCAGCGAGCACGGACGCACUGAGAUUGUCAGACUGCUGUUGGAACAGCCAGGCUGUGACAUCUCCAUUAUAGAUAAUGAUGGCAGUAAUGCUCUGUCCAUUGCACUGGAGGCGGCCCACAAUGACACAGCUGUGCUCCUCUAUGCCCACAUGAACUACGCCAAGAGCCAGACUGGUAUGGAAAUGGCUGAGGCUGGUGAUGAUCAUUCUCGUGACAUAACUGCACUGGGAGUCCAAAGGCCCAAGCGAAAAGCCCCACGAGCCCCUCGAGCCCCCACAGGCCUUGGCCUGAAGAAUGACAAUCUCAUCUGCUCCAUGAAGCAGACGAAGGAACAAAUAUAACUGGAUCCAAGCAGUAACAAGCUCCACUGGAAUUUACUUCAACACAUGUAUUUAUAUAUUGUCAUAUGCUCUGCAUUUAUAAGUAUUGUUAAUAUGAGAAUACUAUUUUUCCAUAAAGGUUGUGAAUGGUUAUAUUAUAUACUCUUCUGCUCUGUUGAUGUUAGGCAUCCCUUUGUACUUUUUAUUUUUUCCUGUGACAGGAGUGAAAUCCUUCCAUAAGUAUUUGCACACAACCAACACUUUUUAUGUGAUGGGGACAUGUUAUGAAAGUUUUUGUUUUUUUUGUUGCUUGAGAGAUUAUGUUUGGUUGUCUGAAGGGACAGCCACCUCAACGAAUACCAAAAAAAAAAAAAAAGAGAAAAACAUUUUUUAUUUCCACGUAGCACAUUCUUCAGCUUGCUUUAAUUUCCUUUUUUCCCACUUCACUACAUCAAAUUAUCAUCAAAUGUUAUACAUUUACUUAAACUUGCGAAAGAAAUGAGCUAAUAAUGUUUUACCAGCGCUCUGUUUUAUUUCCCAAUUAGGGGAUACAACUUCUUGUUGGUUUAUUAUUAUUAUUAUAUUGGUAUUAUAAUUCCCAUGAUGCUGAUUCAGUAGCAGGAUUGGAUCUCUGCAUUAUGAAAAAGAAAGCAUGGAAACGCUGGUGAAACAUUGCCCAUAAAGGCAAUUGUAUUUAAUGUUUUACUCUAAAAAUGUUGACAGUGCAGAGAGGAAUGGACCAACAGUGAAUCCCAAAGUUUAUUGAGCUGACUUGUGAAUUUGAACCGCUGCUGACUGUUAUACUCCCUUACUGCUCCUGGCGGAGCUGCAGUGUUUUCACAACCAGGGGCACUUCAACUCUCAAUGUUGACUCUCAAUGAGAUUGGGCCUCAAAGAGGGAUAUGUACCAACUGUUCAUGACUGAACAGCAGAUGAGGGAAACGUGGAAACUCUGGGGCUGGGUGCCACAUUUUUUCACAUACGGCGUAAUCUGCUACAAAGGCUAGUGUGUAAAACUGGAGACUCUGGGGCUGUGAGGACAGGGCUGCUGCGUUGUUGUUGUGAUGAAACGGACAUUUCAUCUAGACGUCAGGAAAAUCUGUCAACUGGAAGGAAUAAAAAGGCAGGUUUUUUCCUCUUUCAGGCUUAAAAAAACUGGUAUAAAAUGGUGGGGAUCAAAAAAAAUCAUGACACGUGAAUUCACAUACGUGUUGGAAAUUAUUCACAUUCACUCUCGUAUAUACACUCUCUGCAGCUUCCUGGACUGGAAAACCCUUUGGACAAGUAGCACAUUCUCUGUUUUAAAGAUGCCAAACUAUGCAACAUUGAUGGUGAACACAACUCUUAUUACUCUUUCUGUCCUGUGUUGGUAUCGCUCACCUGGAGGAGCGGGUACCUGAUGUGUAGAGACGACAGUCCUCACACAGUCGGCCCCGGGUCAAGUCCCAGCCUGCAGCCUCGUGCUGUCCCGUCUCUUCUCUCUGUCCACGUUUCCUGUCUCGCCACUUUCAAUAAAGGUCACUAGAGCCCCAAAAAAUGUGUUAACAUUUUUGUGAUCUCAAAAAUACUGAAUAUAUACAGUAUGUAUAAAUAUAUUGUACAUAUAUUAUUCAAAAAUAAACAUUAUCGUGUAAA